GAAGAAGAAGAAGAAGAAGAAGAAGAAGAAGAAGAGGGAGUUAAAUUUCAAUCGUAGUUGCCCAAGUUGUAAUCUGUUGCUUUUUCACGAAGAGAAAGAGAGACGAAGUCAUUACGCGAGGACAGUGGUUUUUGGGGUGGGAAGAUGCCUACUUCGUAUUAAGUCUUAUCCGCUGCUUCUCUCUCUCUGUCUGCUCUUUUCCCACAGUCGCUGCUGCUGCUGCUGCUGCUCUCAAAAGCAACCGAAGACGAAGAGUCGGCUCGAGGUUUGUCUGAAAGAUGGAGAGCGUGGCGGCCCGUCUGGGCCGGUCGUCGACCCGCUACGGUCCAGCAGCGGUCUUCAGCGGACCCGUGAGGCGGUGGAACAAGAAGUGGGUCCCGCUCUCCAGUCCCGACCACCACCGUCGCCGCAACAACGGCGCCAACCCCCACCUCCUCCUCUACAGGUGGACACCCGUCUCCUCCGCGGCUGACGGCGGCGCAACCACCGCCACCCCCUCCAAGGACUCUGCCACUCCCCCGCCCGAGGAGCCGCCCCGUAGGAAGUUCCGCUACAUCCCGAUUUCUGUCGUUGAGGAGAAGAAGAAGGAGGCUUCACCAAAGUCCAAUGAGGAAACUAAAAAACCUAAUGAAACCGACAAAUUCCCACGUAUAGGCCAAAUCAAUCCUUCAGGCAAAAUACCUGACAUGAAAGAUGUCUUGGCGGAAGAAGUUCAGGUACCAUACAAGGAUCAGGUUCCUUCAGAAGAGGGUAGUGGAACUGAUUUGGACCUAAGUCUGGGUUUGAGAGCUCCGGAGGGUGAUCAUGAGAAGGAACUCAGAACAAGUAAACAAGGCGAAGGCCAUGGCAAAUCGGAGAGAGCAGCAAUAAAAGCAGAAGCGCGAAACAAGUUGAAGCGGAAGGUCGUCACCCCGGACCUUGAAAUGAGAGUGUAAUGUAGGAGGUUGAGUUUGUGCUUAGUGUAAGCUCUUCGUCAUGCACGCGCAACUGAUGCAAUUGUAGUGAUCUAUCGUUUAAGCUUUAAGCUUGUGCGGUGUGGUGUUGUGGUUUCUUCUCUGGGCCUUUUUAUUAUCUCGAGUUAAU